AUGAGAAGCCCGGUGUACAUACUGGCGCUUUGCGCAGCGCUAACAGCGGCCGCCCCCGCGCCAGGCCCCGACCCCGCCCCCGCCCCCGCCGCCAACCCCGCACCUUCUGCCGACGACAAGCCCGAGAUCAUCGAGAUCAUUGCACCAGCAGCCAGUGCGCAAGAAACCCUCUCGACCUUGAACCUGGGUGCUCCCGGUUCUGAACUCAGUGAACGUAACAAACGCACCAUCGGCAUCCUCCGUCAGCUGUUCCCCACUCUUACUCAGAUAAUCGAACAAAAAGUACAGCAAAUCACCAGCGCGGUACUGCGGGCGUUUGGACCGCUGUUCCUGCGCCUUUUCCUAGGGGGAAACCGCAGCCAGGGCAGGAUGAACGGUGGCACUGUGGAACUAGAAGACGAUGACGACGACGAUGACGACGAUGACGAUGAAGAUGCAUCCACGACUAACACGACGGAGUCUUCAGCGCGGCGCAAACGCGCUCUCUACUUCCUGCCGAACGCGAUCGCCGAAGACAAUUUGCUCUCUGGCGCUGAGUCGCAACAAGCCGAGGUACGCGUCGCUUUUGGUGAAGGAGAACAAAAGCAGGAGCAAGCAGCGGAAACCAAGGAUGACCAGCAGACCGCCGCGCAAACGAACUCUGCCUCCAUAGACGAGAUCACACUUGACGACGCUGAUGACAGUGAGGAGAACAGGAACAAAAGAUUCCUGAGCUUUGGUGACUCUCAUGGGUCCUCUGGUGGUGGAUCCGGAAACUUCUUAUUUGACAUCGUGAGAUUGGUAGCUGGUUCAUCCUCCGGUGCAUCGGGUGAGGCGACUGUGUCGGAAGGUGAGGAGGGCCACGCACAUGGCGACAACCUGACAGAAGGCGUUCCUGGACCAGUUACGCGGCUGUUCAUCAUUGCCAACCGUGGAAUCGCCAAUCUUAUUCAGGAUCUGAUUCUGCGUAUCGCACAGACCUCCGAAAGAUUAGUCAACUUCAAGGCGCGACUCAUUACUUCUAUCAUUUAA